UAGAAAACAACAGCAUGAAGUCAAACAUGUUGACAAAUGAGUGAUUUAUUUCCGAUGAAAGCAAGCAGCUAUUCAGAACCUUGGUGAAAAUUUGGGCUCACGAUUAAAUUACACCCCCACUGGGUGAUUUCUCAUCAUGAAUCGUGCUUUUAGCAGGAAGAAAGACAAAACGUGGAUGCACACUCCCGAGGCUUUAUCAAAGCACUAUAUUCCCUACAAUGUAAAGUUUCUUGGCAGUACAGAAGUGGAGCAACCCAAAGGCACAGAAGUCGUGAGAGAUGCUGUUAGAAAGCUUAAGUUUGCAAGACAUAUCAAGAAAUCUGAAGGUCAGAAAACACCAAAGGUUGAGUUACAAAUCUCAAUAUAUGGAGUAAAAAUUCUAGAUUCAAAAACAAAGGAAGUCCAGCACAAUUGUCAGCUCCAUAGGAUAUCAUUUUGUGCUGAUGACAAAACCGACAAAAGGAUAUUCACCUUCAUAUGCAAAGAUUCUGAAUCAAAUAAACAUUUGUGCUAUGUCUUUGACAGUGAAAAGUGUGCAGAAGAGAUAACUUUAACUAUUGGUCAAGCAUUUGACCUGGCUUACAGGAAAUUUCUGGAAUCUGGAGGAAAGGAUGUUGAAACAAGAAAACAAAUAGCAGGUUUACAGAAAAGAAUUAAUGAAUUAGAAACAGAAAAUAUGGAGCUAAAAAACAAAGUACAAGAUUUGGAAAACCAAUUAAGAAUAACCCAAGUACAUACAUCACCACUGCUGCACAUACAGUCUGAUUUUGAAUGCCACAUGUUUCAAAGACCCUCCACCUUUUUCUGGUGUAGCAGUGAGGAUUCUGCUCCUUGUUUAGAUAUUUCUUCCAUUACACUCACUCCUAUGAGCUCUCCUGACUCCAGACAGUCAUCUGGACUAUUAACACCACCACCUUCCAAAAGUGGUCUUCCACAGCCCAUCCAUGAACACAUCAUCCCAAGACCUCGUGCAGGCAGUGUGACACCUAAAUCACCCUCCACUGACAUCUUUGAUAUGGUUCCCUUUUCUCCCAUAUCCCCUCAGUCAUCAACACCUACUCGCAAUGGCACACAGCCUCCACCAGUGCCCAGUAGAUCUGCAGAGAUCAAGAGAGACCUUUUUGGAGCAGAACCUUUUGACCCUUUUAGCUGCGGAGCAGGAGAUUUCCCUCCAGACAUUCAGUCCAAACUAGAUGAGAUGCAGGAGGGGUUCAAAAUGGGACUGACUCUGGAAGGCACAGUAUUUUGUCUUGAUCCUCUAGACAGCAGGUGCUGAUGCCGAGAAUAGACAUUUGAAAAGAUAUGAUCUUUUUUAAAAAAAAAAAAAAAAUUAAAAUGUGUUACAAAUACUAUUAAUGUGCCAAAAAUGUUUUUCAACACGUUAACUUUUGUGAUGUUUGCUUCUAUAAAACUCCAGAUAGGUUCCAGUAUUAUCCCUGUACAAAGGUAAAAGUCACACAUGUAUAUGAAACUGAAAUGAAAUCACGCUGCUGUUUUUCUUUGCCUUCCACAUUUUGGAGUCAUCGCCUCUACCUAAUCGCAACUCAUCACGAGCUGUGGGAAGUUCUUUGAGCCCUUUGUGCAUGCCACUAUGUGCGGGCAGGCAAUAUCCUUUGGGACUAUGAUCGCAAACGGCAACACUUUUGAAAAUAAAAUCGCCCGCCGAUGGUUUCUUCUUUCCAGAUCUGUAGGUGAACGUUUAUACGGUAUUGUCAGAAAUCACAGAGACACUGAGAUUCACAGUGUACGCUACACAUGGACUGCGUUUGCCUCAUAUUAAAAUUCCUGCUACUGGCCAUGAUUUAAGGUGGACCUCCAAUUCACUUAUGUUGCUCUUCACAUGGGUGGCACCCCCAUUCAUGUUCAUGACUGGGGUUUGUGCAUGAGCUGUAUUCCUUGCGUAAUUCUGGAGUGCACAUCAUAACAAUUGGAUUAGGAUGAUUGUGUACAGUUACUACUUUGUAUGUAGAUUAAUACUUUAAAACCUAAACUUUUAAAUCUAUAACUGUACCCAAUAUCCUUGUACCAGCUAAUUGUCUAUUAUUUUAAACAAAAGAAGAAGAAAAAAAAACCUUAUAUUUUA